AUGUCUGUCGCUACUAAAGCCACUAUCGCUUCGUUUGGAGGCAAGCUCCUGAAGCUUAGCCAUAAUGCCAGCACUACAGGGUGCGAGAUGUCUUUCAACCUAUACCUCCCACCGCAAGCAGUAAAUCAAACUACAUCCAAAGUCCCCGUUCUCAUCUACCUUUCCGGAUUAACGUGCACGGCGGAGAACUGCUCGGAAAAGGGCUUCUUCCAACACGGUGCGAGCAAGAAGGGAAUUGCCGUCCUGUAUCCCGAUACAAGCCCAAGAGGGCUUAAUAUCCAAGGUGAAGAUGACGCCUACGACUUUGGGUCUGGUGCAGGAUUCUACGUCGAUGCCACGCAGGCACCUUGGGACAAGGGUUAUAAAAUGUACAGUUACAUAACAGAGGAGCUGCCAAAUACUGUCUUUGCCGCAUUCCCGCAACUGGAUUCGAAUCGCGUCAGCAUCACAGGGCACAGUAUGGGUGGGCAUGGAGCUUUGACAUUGUUCCUUAAGAACCCCGGAAAAUACAAGUCAGUGUCCGCCUUUGCACCAAUCUGCAACCCUAUCAAUGCUCCCUGGGGCCAGAAAGCGUUUAGGGGCUAUUUUGGAGACGAAAAUACACAGAAGUGGAAUGAACACGAUGCCACGGAGCUGAUCAAACAAUGGAAGGGUGGCCCAUUGGAUAUUCUCAUUGAUGUCGGCACGGGAGAUAAUUUUCUCAAGCAAGGCCAACUUCUUCCCGAAAAUUUCGCAGAAGCGGCUAAACAGGCAGGUCUUGAGUCCAGUGUUAAUAUUCGAUAUCAGCCCGAUUAUGAUCACAGCUAUUAUACCAUGGCUUCGUUUUCAGAUGAUCAUGUUGAGCAUGCGGCGAAGUAUCUGUUCGCCUAG